AUGUCGAGCCUCGGCGGCGAAGGGCCGUACUGCAUCACGGUCCUGUGGACCCUCACGGCGAUUGUCCUCGUGUUCCUCGUGCUGCGCAUCUACACGCGCGUCGUGUGUCUCGCGGCGUACGGCCUCGACGACACGCUCUAUGUCGUGACGACGAUCCUCACGGCGGCCUACAGCUCCGUCGCGACCGUCGCCUGCCUGCACGGCUACGGGCGCAGCGACCUCGACGCGGCGGCCACGGCCGACACGACCCUGUGGCGGAUGGUUGCGCAGACGUUUUCCCUGCUGGCGACCGGCACGUCCAAGGCGUCGGUGGGCUUCUUCCUGCUGCGCAUCGUGGCCGCGCAGUGGCACCGGCUCGUCGUCUGGGCGGUCGUCGGCGUCAUGGGGGUGUUGUCGUUAUUGGGCACUGUCGCGGCCGACUUCAUCUUUGUCAUCCUCUCGUGGAUCUUCAUCUGGAAGCUCAACAGCCCGCGCAGGGACAAGACCAUCCUCGCGGCCAGCCUGAGCCUGGGCCUCUUUGCCGCCACCGCCGGGGCCUUCCGUAUCAUGAACGUCAGCGGCGUCCGGGACGUGCCCGUCGCCGUGAUUGUCUGGUCGCAGGUCGAGACCAGCAUGACGCUCAUCUGCGUCGGUAUCCCCGUGUGCCUGCCCCUGUGGACGAUCCUGUGGCGCAAGGUACGAGGCGACAGCAGCAGCAACAACAAUAACAACAACAGCCACCCACCACAAAACCACGGCGCCGACAGCAAGGGGUCUGAGAAUAUCGCCCUGCGCACCAUCGGUGGCACCCCGUUGCGCGUGCCGGACAACAGCCCGGCGUCGAGCAAGCCGGCCAUCCGGACGCCGCGGGUGCACUCCGUGAUGAGGAGUGACGGCAGCAGCGACGAGGUCAAGCUGACGGCCGAGGAGGAGCAGUGCACGUGUGGAGGGCGACAGGAUAGCAUGACGUCGUCGGGGUGGAUGGUCGGCAGUGGGACGGACAGUCUCGAGGGCAGGGCGCCCCAUGAGCAAUGA